UUUCAUUCCAAGAUGCUGUAAGCGCUAAGGGCGACGAUACUAGUCUGUAUGAUACAGUACUUGGAACCCAUGUACAGAUAUGUUUACUUCAGGCCCUUCCUUACCAAACAUCUGACAUACGGCUACCCUCGUUCUCCCAGCGGUUUUGAACUCUUCGAUCAAUCCCAUGCCGAAACAUGAGGAAUAGCAUCAUGCUUGCCGCCAUCACCCCCCACCUUCCUCUCAAUUCUCUGCCACCAGACCAUGGGCCACCUAAUUCCCAUCAACGUGGACGGUCUCUCUUUCUUCGGGCAACGAACAGCAACAGACAACCCACAGGACCGGGUCUACUCAUGCCCCGCAGGCCCUGCCCGAUCGACGACCGAAUGCACCCGCUUCGGCACCCUCGGGUGCACGGUCUACGGCUACCCCUCCACCGGCGGCGUUCUUAUCAAAGAAGCCGACCUCCUCGACAUGAUUUUACUGUCGCUCCCGCGCUCUCAUGUCUCGCAGCGCUCGCCCAGUGCCGAGGAAGAAGACCGGUUCCGUAACCUUCUGCGACGGACCGGCGCGACGUUCUGGCCGAGCAAGCAGGAUUGGCUCGACGUACAGAUGGGAUUGAGGGAGAUGACCGAGGAAGAAGAGAAGGUGAUCGUGUACGGGUGGCCAGCGGAUGGAGUGGGGGUGUGGGUGUUGCGGUUCGCGAGUGCCAACGAACUGCCGGACGACUUUGGGAGGAUGAGUUUGGUGAUGAAUGUGAGGGAGAAGAUACGGAUUCUGAAGGAGUAUGGCGCUACGUUUGUUGAGGAUGUCACGCAGGUGGAGGAACUCAAUAUGCUUUGAGGUUCUUCUUGUUCUUGGAAUGGGUACGGUGCAGAGGGAUGGCAUGCAUCUUUUGUCCUUUCUACCUUUUUCUUCAAAAAUUGAGAUUUGAAAUGAGAUCUUGUGGAUCAAGUGGUUUUGGGGCAGGAGAUAGCUGCAUGACUGCUUCUGGACCUCGUGGACAGUUUGUCACACCAUCAGAAGUUGGGUCAUGGGGUCUGGGUUUGAAGAAGGAUCGCGCUCGUAUUAUUGGGUUCCUGUGUACUGUAGUUGAACCUGGUUAGAUCCACAGGCUUAUCUGAUUGUACUUGUAAUCUCUAGGUCAACACACGGAAGGCUGAUCGACCUUCAUU